GAGGCUGCUACCUUUCUAUCUUACCUUGACUACCGCUUCCCACAUAUUUGUUAUUAAAUUUCGGAACACGUUACUCGUUUAAUGCUGUUUUGUUCCUUUUGAGUUAUUUAGUGCGCAAGGCCGGACCCUGAGCGAGUUUUCGUACAUGUAAUUUGUUAUAAAGAGAUGGGUCGCCAACUUCCUCCCUCGCAUUUGAAAGUCCCUCCGGGCCCGCAUGCAUUCCCGCAACGGUAUUCUCUUGGAGACACGAUUAUUGUAAAUCAGUUUUCGGGAUUCGAAAAAGCCAUUCCUGCGAUACCUUCGCUUCCUGGAUUCAGAACGAGUGCUGCAUUCCUCACAUCUCUGAGUGCGAACUUGAGAAUUGAUCCGGACCUGCCAUCGCCAUUGGGUACGCCAACGACUUUCCGUGCCGGAAGCUACUACUCAUCACAAUCGCACCCACACGUACCAACAUCACUGUCCUACUCGACCCUGCCUGCGCCUGCCUACCCAUCACCCCUCGAAGCCGAAAUCAUGCCGUCCAGCGAAGCUUCCGCGCCCGUUGAGCCACCGACGAACGAGAUCCCUCAGCUCUCCACGUACACAGCCGAAUCAGAAGAUGACCGCAUCGAUGGCUUGAAUCUGAUCGCCGACUCUGUAGCCCAGCAGCGUCAGGUCGCCAGCAAGAUGAUGAUCCUCCACCCCAUCAACCUCGCUGCUCUGGGCCUUAUCAUGGCAGUCGUUGCACAGUACAUGCUGCGCAAGUUCGGCGACUAUUUCAUCUUUAGUACAACAGCUGGCGGAAUCACGAUGACAUUCCUCAUCCUCGUGCGAUGGCUCACUGGCGGGUACAUUGGCCUUGCUGAGGAGAUCGGUACGGAAUGGCUUGGUGACGACCGUGUCAUUGUUGCAAAAUGGGGGAACGAUAUCAUCGGUGCUCUUGUUCUUGGAUGGGCAGACAACGAUGCGGCGAAGAAGCGCGGCAGGAGAAGAAGGGGCAAGGCUGUUAUUCGUGGGUGGACAGUCAAGCUCAAGUACAGAGGUAAGGGUGUUGGAGAGGGCUUGCUGGAAGAGGCUGUCAAGGUCGCUGGAGAGAAGGGUGCAGGUGGUAUCUUGUUUGCUGGAGAUCAUGCCAACUCCAAGCGCAUUCUCCCAGGAAUCUACAACGGCUACCUCGACAAGCAAGAAGCAAAAGCCGAAAAGGCGCUACGCAAGGUGGCCGACGAGAAGGGCAACUUCAGACAGCGCCAGUCAUCGCCCACCUGGGGCAGCAGAUGAUCGUAUUUCCUACAUUGAGGGCGGCGUUCAAUUUUCCUUGAAACCUGUUUCUUUUGGAAGAUACCCAAUUCUUUCGUUGAGAUACCCCAACCAUUCGCUAUCAGCAUUUCGUAUUCGGAGUUUCCUAGCAUACCCAAGACACGGCUGUAGAGCAUCGACUAGAUUCCAAUGAUGAC